GUCCCCGGGAAAGCUAGUAGGUGCUAAGAGCACCGGUGUCAGGCCAGGGAAUCUACCUGGGCUACCCAGGGUACACGUGAAAUUGUGUACACAGCAGUGGAACUGGAGUCGCAUGUGUGGCUGGGACAUAGGGCGAGGCGGGGAUUGAGGUGGUGUAGACCAGUCAACUAGUGGAGUAUGUGCAAGAAGGGGUCAUUAAAACAGCUAGUUACACCUCAGCGUGAGUGGCUUCAAAGCUGGAAUGACUGGCAGCAAGGACCUGUGCAACACAGUGAGGAUACAGCGGAGACAUUAGCAAUAGAGCCUAGAAAUCAGCCGAAGUCUCCCCUGGAAAAGUUUAUGGUCAGACUGUGUACACAUCACCAGAAGCAAUUCAUUCGUGUGCUAAACGACAUCUACACGGAAGUACAGCCGGGCUGCGAGGGCCGGCCGUUACCUGAAUCCGAAAAUAUGGAUGCAGCUACUUGCAGCUCUGGUUGUAGCCAGCAAAGCACUGAAAAUUGGAAGAAGUCUGCUCCCUGUUCUGAAUUGAAGCCCCUUACUUCCUCAGACUCAGACAGAGACCCAGUGGGUCUUCAUAGCCCUCUGCGUGCUGCAGGGCAACCCUUGGAGCAGCACGCAGAGGUGAAAUCCAUGAACAGGAUGGAGAAUUUCAGUACUGCUUUCAAAAGAGACUUCUCUGAACUCUCCACUACUAGAAGUAGUACUGUUAGUCCAAAGGACAGUUCCACCCAAGGAUACCUCACCACUUCGAACUCUUCCUCACUUCACUUCCAUCCUGGCACCAGGAGCCCGGAAGGACAAACCACUGGACAGGAGCAAGAGGCUGGUGUCAGAAAGUGUGAGGAUGACAAAGACCAGGUCCAAGGCAAGACCGUAGCAGACAGCUACAUUGCUGUCAAAGUGGCCCAUGUGAACGGCAGCGAGGACAACUCAGACAGCUGCCUGGGGCCUCAGAAGAACUCUUUCAAAGCUUUACCAGAAGAGGGUUGGGAUUCAGGGUUUCCAGUGAACUCUCCUAGAAGAGCUGACAAGGAGAAUGCUUUACAGUGCAGCUCCAAAGUCUCCUUGCACCAGGAUUUUGAAAUAAACGAAGAAGAUGCAAGACCAAAGCAAGAAAACCAUCUCCAUGCCCUGGGAAAGACUAAGGGGAGUUACCACCUGCAUCCUGGCGACAAGAAUCCACGUGAGCAUUCCAAAGACGGAUGGGUGGCCUCUGCACCAGUGCCAGUGACGCACAAAGCCUCCAGUGGGCGCUCACGAGCUAAGGCAGGGUCCUCAUCCGUCAGAACAGCUCGGAAGAACAAAAGAGCAUCGGGGCUGAGAAUAAAUGACUAUGACAACCAAUGUGACGUUGUCUACAUCAGCCAGCCAAUAACUGAAUGCCACCUGGAAAGCCAGCGGUCAGUGUCGUCCCGGAGGACAGCUCGGAAGAGCACCCGCGGGUAUUACUUCAACGGGGAGUGCUGCGAGCUGCCAACUGUCCGCACGCUGGUGAAAAGUUCCCGAGUGGGGGAAAGAGGACAUGGGCUGGCACUGAGGACGGAAGCGUUACUGAGUGCUAAGGAGAGCCCGGCAUGCUCCGGAGGCGAGCCUUCGGGGGCAGCCCAAGCUGUGGGGAAAGAGGCUGACAAAAGAGCUUCCCUCAGGCUCCUGUCCAAAGGGGCUCCUCCCAGCAGAGAAGCUAAUGAGAGAGCCGAAAAGGAGCCCAGCGAGGGCGGCUCGCUGAAGUCAAGAGAAGCUGCUUACACUGAGCCACUGCUGGCUCUCUCUGCUCCCCCCUGCCCUGACGAUGCACCAGAAGGCGGCUCGGCCCACACGCAGCCUCUUGCCAUCGGCCCCUCUGCUGCUGAAGGAAGUGAGGAGAGGAUGUGCCAGCUGCUGGAAGAGGUGGAGGCAAAUGUUCUCCAGCAAGCUAGCAGCAGUGCUGACCUCUCUGGGGACUGUGAGCCCACAGAAGACAGCAGCAAGGAGGCUACAGAUUCAACACCUGUUUCUCCGCCAGAAGCUGCUAGUAGGGAGGAAGGUUCUCCAUGCUCAGAAAUACAAGCUGUUCCGGCACCUCCUGCCGUCCUGGACCCAACUCCUCCUUUGCAGCUUCCCAAUACCAUGGACCUAGCGCUUCCUACCAGUGCAGACCUGGUGCACCAUGCAGAGCCUCCUGCCAGCAUGGACCUUGAGCCUCCUGCUGGAGUAGACCCGGAGCUGGCUGGGGCACUUCCUGGAGAGCCCCCAACUAGUACAGACCUGGAGCUUCCUGCCAUGUCGCCUGCCAGCAUGGAUCUGGAGACUCCUGUGCAGCCCCCUGUGAGCUUGGAGACUGAGCCCCUGGCUAGCUUGCAGUCUGCCGAUGUGACCAAAAGCAUUCCUGCUGACCCAGAAGCUGACGUAAGGAAGGUGCAGGAAAGCCCACCUGAGCCAGGGGAGGCCAUGCCGACUCUUGCAGAGCUCAGUGGAAUCUUGGCAGGCGAGACUGCCCCAGAGAGCAACAGGCUAUGUGAGAGAGAGAACAGCGAUGGCGAAAUGCCACCAGGACCUGACACUUCAGAAACGGAUGGUAAAGGGACAGUCUUGUCCAAAGAAAGCCCAGAGAAGAAGCAAAAGAAAGGUAGGAGAGCGCUCGUAGCAUCAGACCGGCGUCUCCGCAGCCAGCAAUCCCAACCACCCACAGAAGGCAGUGCUGAAAAGUCUGGUUCUUCCACCUCUCUGCAGCUUCCCUGUCUUCAGAUUAAGCUUUCUAAAAGUCCCGGUGCAAAGCGUUUUAGGAGGGAGGUGCACCUUGAUGGAGCAGCAUCCGUGUGCUUCCCAAAAGAUUGUUUCCACAAAACACUGCUGAAGAACAUCCAGGGCCCAGGCACCGGGAGUGCCCUUGAGAGAGAGCCCGUGCAGCGGGGAGGAGAUGAAAAUGGCAUUACUACUAGGCAAACCUAUAAAAGCAUGUUGGCAAAAGAGGGUGCAGCAGAGAGAGAAGGGUCAUCAAAAGAUGCCCCCCCUGCUAAAGCUAGCCAUAGUAAGUCAGGGGAGAUGCUCGAGAUCUGUGUAGAGGCUAAUUCUGAUAAGAGAAGUGUUCUCCUUCCUAGGGAAAGUGGAACAGGUAUACAGGAUGCAGAGCGAUCGGAUGAGAAACCAGGUGAUGUGGAGAACCCAGACAAUGCUGUAGAUGCCGGAAAGGUACAGUAUAAAGAUCUGAUUGAUUCGCCUACAGGUCCUAGUAGCAAAAGUGGAAGCAAACACAUCCCGUCCAAGACUUGGAAGCAUAAAAAGUUGGCCCUACCAGUUUACAACUUGAGACACACCCCUACACCUGUGGAUGCUGCAAAAAAGAAUCUUCUAGGGAAGGAAGUUCUGCAAGCAAAUCCAAGCCAGAAGGAAGAACGCAGUUCAGGAAACAAGGACACCGUAGAUUUGAAGGAGGUGGACACAGUGGCUGAGGACAAACCAAAGUUUGUGGAGUGGUGUGCUGAGGAAGAGAAUCAGGACCUUAUUGCCGACUUUAAUGCCCAAUAUAUGAAAGUUCAGAAAGGCUGGAUUCAAUUGGAAAAAGAAGUCCAGCCAGCCCCCAAAGUAAAGAACAAAGCUGACAAGCUGAAAGAGAUUUGGAAAAGCAAGAAAAGAACCCGGAAAUGCAGAGCCUCUCUCGAAGUUCAGAAGCUUUCCCCUGUCCAGAUGCUGUUUAUGAAGGCCUUCAAGUUAUCCAACAUUUGCCGUUGGUUCUUGGAGACAACUGAAACCAGGUCGCUAGUCAUUGUUAAGAAACUCAAUACCCGUCUCCCCGGAGAUGUCCCCCCCAUCAAGAUCCCCCUGCAGAAGUAUUGUUCUUCCAGCCUGUAUCCCAGCUCACUGCAAGCUGAACGCUUGAAAAAACACCUCAAGAAAUUUGCUGCAACUACCCCUGCUAAAAAUAACUUGAAGAAUCAAAAGUUAUGGGCCAGGCUUCGGGAGAACGCUGACAGUACGGAGCCCGGGGAAACUACCAGUCCCAACCAGAUGUCUCCUUGUGAGACGAGCUCAGAAGAAGCUGGUGAAGACAGAAACGUGCAGCCCCCUCCAAGUCUGCCAACGCAGGCCAGCACUAGGAUUCUGCGGAAAUACUCCAAUCUGAGGGGCAAAUUGCGAGCCCAGCACCGCCUGGCAAAGAAUGAGAGAAAGGGAGAGAGUGCAGCUGAUCAUCCCUCCGUGGAAAGUAAGCAAAGCCGGAAGAGCGUCUGCAUCAACCCGCUGAUGUCUCCAAAGCUGGCCUUGCAAGUCAAAGCAGAUGUGUUUCCUGCUAAGUCCGUGCAAGCGGAAGCAGCGGUAAAGGGAAGAAAAGGGAAAAGCAGGUCUCAGGAGGACUCCUUGCCCAAAGCUGACCCUCAGCCAGGCAGAAAGAAGAGAACGCUGCGGGAGAGCGGCGCUGUGCCAGAGCCGUCUCACUCCUCCAGUAAAGACAGGCUGCCAGCUAAGAAGGGCAGCAAAGUAAAACAUUUCGAGGUUCCUCCAAAAGCUCCUGCUACCAGAAAGCAGGCUGCCAUGGAAAGAAGCAGUAAGCUCGAGAAAAAGGUGUCUUCGAAAGAGAAGAGGGUCCCCAAAAGGCAGUUUGGCAAAGGCAGACUCCCUAUCCCGAAAGUCAGAGAGAACCCCACCAAAAGAGCUGCAGCCCUGCCCAGCCAGGAAGGGCUCACAAAAUCCGCAAAGCUGAAGCCCACGGGGGAGUCCUCUGCCAGGUCACAGAAAGCAGAUGAUAAGAAGCCCAGCAGUGGGAAAACUCUGACCAGGUCUAUGAAGAAAAUUCAAGAGAGCAGCACGUCCCAGGGCAAGAGAAAGUUAAGGGCAAAAGUUGACUGUUCACACAGCAAGCGAACACGACUGGAUGCAAAAUAACAAAGAGAAUGGUAGCCAUGGAAAAACUGUUAUAUAGUAGUAACCCUUGAUCAUGCAUUAACUGAAGCUGCUUUUAUAAGCUGUAGCAAGCCUUCAAAAAUCCACAGCUAAAGGAUUACACCCGGGAUUUUAGGCAUCGGAAGGUGUGUCUCAGACAGAGAGGAGAGCCAUCUGUCUCUACUGUUGAGGGAAGUUACUGCAAUUUGAAUGUUCCUUGGAUUUUAAGCUUGGAACCAGGCAGUUUUAGUUAAAAGUACAGUGCCUUAUUUAUCGUUUUUAAACAAAUAAAGAAAAAAGCUAGUC